CUGGCUUUGCAAACUACGACUCCCAAGAGCCUUUGCGCGUGGAAGGCCGGCCGGCGAGAUGGGCGACGAGGAGGGGGCGACCAAGCCGCGGGUGCUGCAGAUGGUACGAGCUGAUGGGGCAGAUAAAAGCUGUGUCACAUUCGUGCUCCACAAUGAGGACCACACCCUGGGCAAUUCCCUCCGGUACAUGAUAAUGAAAGAUCCCGACGUGGAGUUCUGUGGCUACAGCAUCACUCAUCCUUCUGAAAGCAAAAUCAACUUCCGGAUCCAGACCAAAGGAGGCCUCCCUGCUGUCGAGUCAUUUCAGAAGGGGCUGGAAGAACUCACAGCUGUCUGCCAGCAUGUGCUUAGCAAAUUCGAGGCAAGCGUGGAGGAGUACAAGACACAGAAGGAUGUGAGCAUGGAGUAGCCCUGGUGAGGGCAACGUGGCACGCACCGCUGUACAUAAUGGCUGUCUUUGGGUUGUGACUUGGGGGCAGUUUUUUAUUUUUUUAUGGACUGGAGGUGGAUUUUUCUA